UUUCACUGUCAGAGUGACGCUCCGGAGGGGUGGAGUAAAGAGAGAGAGGCAGGAAAGGCAACUCGAUGUGUCUGUCUAUCAGUUGAGACUGUCUGAACCGCUCACGCAUCCUGAACGCGCGAUACAUAUUUCAGCGAAGAGCCGCGAGACCGAGAACGCUUCGCUCCCUGGAGUUUUUGUUUUUUUAAAGAGUAAUUAGUUCACGUUCGGUGCGAGAGAGUGUGUUUUUUUGUUUAUAUAUCGCUCUGUAGUAAACGCGUCACGCUCGCCCGAAUCAACUGUCCACAUGUUUCCCUGAGCAUGGACGGACAGUGUGUUUGGUGAAUAUCGGGAGGAACACGACCAGAGACUCUCCACUGCGCGCGUGGGGAAUUUAGUCCGUUGAAAAUGCGCACUGAGCCCAUUUGUGACUGACAUUAACUGUCUCCUGUCUGCCUGUCUCUUCCCUUGGUUUUGUCCCGUUUUUAGGCUUUCCACCGAACGAGAGGACGGAAAUACAGUUGGACGGGCUCUCCAUAACUGGAAGUUUCUUCCGUUUUGCUACAAACAAUUGCCAUAAUCAAAGGAGAACCUAAGGAAGCGUUCCCCCCCGUGUGUUUCUGCGCCGUUAGACAUGGACGGGAGAUAUAUCUGAGCUCUUGGCAAUCAUGCAAUGACUUAGAAUUCUUAAACGUGUCGGCCAGAUACACCUACAUUUUUAUUUUUUUAUUUACAGACUUUUUUAGUCUGUAAAAAUAUCUACAACCUUUCAAGACCUAUUGACCCCUCUUAGACUUUGCAUCGGCUCAAAGUGACUUUUUAAGAGGCGGAAUAAAAACAGACUUUGAAGAGGAACGCGUUAAUACAUGCUUUGUAUUACAUUUUUUAAAAUUAAUUAUUUUUCUCCGUCACUGGCAUUUUGAUUCUGUAUGAGAAGUCAAGAGGAGGGGACGACAGCAUGCCGCGGAGAAAGCAGCAAGCGCCGAGGCGAUCUUCAGCCUAUGUGCCGGAGGACGAGCUUAAGGCAGCUAAGAUCGAUGAGGAGCACCUGCAGGAUGACGGACUCUCCUUAGAUGGCCAGGAUGCAGAGUACCUGUGCAAUGAAGAAGACGAUGGCCGUGAACAGCUGAGCUACCAAAACUCUCCACUCAGCAAUGGCACCAACCCAGACGCCGGCUACGGCUCGCCCCUCAGCGACACCAGCGAUCACCUGGCUGACUUCAAAAGCACCUCCUCCAAAGAAGGCCAGGAUAAAGAGGAGGUUGAAGACAUGGAGACAGAUGCUGGACUGUCUUUGCAGGACAGCCUAGCACAGAUGAAAGCAGUCUAUGCAAACCUGAUUUCAGAUGCUUCCUGGUCAAGUAUCACAAAGGACAUUAUGAAAAGCAAGCAGGUUAGUGCUAGUAGCACUAACAGUACUCCAAGCAGCCACAAGGGAAACAACAGUGUUGCAAACAGCCAUGCAAGCAGCAUUACAAGCAGCGGAGCUAGCGGCAGCAGCAAUGCUAGUGCUAGCAUGAAGACAAGUGUGACGCCAAGCAGCAAUUCUACAAAAGCCACUGCAUUAAACAAUGCCAACAAUGGACCCAUCAAUGGUGCUAACAGUGGGGGUGUUGCAUAUGACUGGCACCAAGCAGCUCUUGCUAAAACCUUACAGCAUACGCCCUACCACCUCAUGCCUGAACCAAGUCUCUUCAGCACAGUGCAGCUGUACCGGCAAAACAAUAAGCUGUAUGGGCCUGUGUUUACAGGUGCCAGCAAGUUCAGAUGCAAGGACUGUAGUGCAGCCUACGACACACUUGUAGGUCUCACGGUGCACAUGAACGAAACAGGCCAUUACCGUGAUAACAACAAGGACAAGGAGGAGGACAAGGGUAAGAAAUGGUCCAAGCCACGGAAACGAUCCUUAAUGGAGAUGGAGGGCAAAGAAGAUGCUCAGAAAGUCCUGAAAUGCAUGUAUUGUGGCCACUCGUUCGAAUCCCUGCAGGACUUGAGUGUCCACAUGAUCAAAACUAAACACUACCAGAAAGUGCCUCUCAAAGAACCAAUGCCAGCUCUUGCCUCAAAGCUGGUGCCCUCCACCAAAAAGCGAGCGUUCCAGGACCUGAUGUCUCCAUGCUCACCUGAGUCAAUCUCUAGCACCCCUGGCAUUCCACUGGCAGAGACUGCACCCACCAAAGAUCAGAAAAUUUCAAACCCAUAUGUCACAGCUAAUAACCGUUAUGGCUACCAAAAUGGUGCGAGUUAUACCUGGCAGUUUGAGGCCCGAAAAGCUCAAAUUCUUAAGUGUAUGGAGUGCGGGAGUUCUCAUGACACCUUACAGCAGUUGACAGCCCAUAUGAUGGUGACUGGACACUUUCUCAAAGUCACAAACUCCGCCUCCAAAAAGGGUAAGCAAUUAGUGUUUGACCCUGUGGUGGAAGAGAAAAUCCAAUCCAUCCCUCUUCCACCCACAACAACACGUCUGCCGGCUCCCACUAUCAAGUCCCAGCCUGAUUCACCAGUACACCCAUCCACCAUGGAUGAAAGAAAGGAGUCGGAUGAGGAGAAAAUGGAGGAACCUGAAGAGAAGAAAAUCAAGCAAGAGAAAGAGGAUCCCGCUGAGAAGGUGGAAAAGACGGAGAAAUCCAGCCAUUACAAAUAUCUAAGAGAAGAGGAUCUUGAAGAGUCUCCUAAAGGUGGACUAGAUAUUCUCAAGUCAUUAGAAAAUACGGUCUCCAGCGCAAUCAGUAAGGCUCAGACCGGUACACCCACCUGGGGUGGAUAUCCCAGCAUUCAUGCUGCCUACCAGCUCCAAGGGUCUGUGAAAUCAUCUAUACCUGCUAUCCAGAGUGUCCAGAUUCAACCAACAUUCAACGCCAGCAGCUUGAAAUCUUUGACCUCUGACUCCAGCACUCUGAUCCAUUCUCCAAGCAGCCCAUCACCCCCUCCAAACCAUAAAAGCAAUGUCCUAGCAAUGGAAGAGUUGGUGGAGAAAGUAACCGGAAAAAUCCCUUCAAAGAAAGACAGGGAUGAAAAAUCAACUGAACGUGGCUCCAGAUAUCUCACUUCUGAAUUACCCUCCCCUGUUCUCAAAGACCGAAAGGACCUGCCAAGACCAGAUGAUCUUUGCAAGCCAACAAAAAAUGGCACGGUAGAUAAAGACCUAGAGCACGUUCCGGUUCGGGACGGAGAAUACAAGGAAAGCCAUGCAGAUAAUACUGUCAAGAAUGGAACGGAUGUCCUUAAAUCCCAAGUCAGCAAUGGUUGCGGUAAUUUAGGAAUCAUCACUGACCACUCACCAGAACAGCCUUUAGUCAACCCUCUCAGUGCAUUGCAGUCUAUCAUGAACACUCAUUUGGGUAAGGCCUCCAAAACAGUCAGUCCACUCCUAGACCCAUUAGCAAUGCUGUACAAGAUCAGCAACAACAUGAUGGAAAAGCCCAUGUACAAUCCAGCUCAGGUCAAGCAAGUCGAGCCCAUCAACAGAUAUUAUGACAAUGACGAUGAUCAGCCCAUGGACUUGACCAAGUCCAAAAGUGGCAAUGGGCCCACCAACAAUUGUUCAUCCACAGUUAUCAGCAACAACAACAGCAACAUCACAAACAGCACCCGACCCAUCUUGUCCACGCUGGCUGAAUCGGUUUCAUCUCCUCUUCGGGAGAAUGCCCUAAUGGACAUCUCCGACAUGGUGAAGAACCUCACGGGUCGCCUGACGCCAAAGUCAUCAACCCCUUCCUCUAUAUCCGAAAAGUCAGAUGCAGAUGGCUGUGUUUUUGAGGACGGCCUGGAUGAUCUUUCGCCCAUUCAGAAGAGGAAAGGCAGGCAAUCAAACUGGAACCCUCAGCAUCUGCUGAUCCUUCAGGCUCAGUUUGCAUCCAGCCUUCGGGAAACCCCUGAUGGGAAGUACAUCAUUACAGACCUUGGUCCUCAGGAGCGUGUACAUAUUUGUAAGUUUACAGGUCUCUCCAUGACCACCAUCUCCCACUGGUUGGCAAACGUCAAGUACCAACUCAGGCGGACAGGUGGAACCAAGUUUCUGAAGAACAUAGACUCGGGCCAGCCACUGUUUCUGUGUAGUGAUUGCGCCUCCCAGUUCAGAACUCCCUCCACAUACAUUAACCACUUAGAGUCCCACUUGGGCUUUAGCUUGAAGGACCUCUCAAAGUUAUCAAUAGACCUCAUAAGAGACCAGCAAGCAGUCACUAAAAUGAUCACAGAUAAGACAUUCAGUGCCCUUGGCUUGACUGAUGAGGACUCUAAUUCCAUAUUUCAGUGCAAACUGUGCAAUAGGACUUUUGUCAGCAAGCACGCAGUGAAACUGCACCUCAGCAAAACGCACGGAAAGUCACCGGAGGACCACCUCAUCUUUGUUACUGAGCUGGAAAAGUUAGAAAAAGUCUAAGGAAAGCAGGCUGGUGGCAGUGAAAUGACUGGAUCGAGAAUCAUUGCACUACAUCACUGUACUGCACUGCGCCUGAACUGAGCCUUCAAAAUCAGUCCAACUUCUGUCGUGAAACUGCCUGAUUGGACCAUGAUCUGUUUCAAUUUUUUUCCCCUCGUUUUUCAGUCUUCUGAUUUCUAUCUCUUGCUUUGUAUUGUAUUUAUCUUAUAUGUGUCGGUUAUGUGCAUGUUUUUGUUCUUUAUUUUCUUUCUCAGUGACUUCAUUCAAACAGAAUUUACAAUUUGUACUCUGUUGAAUUGGGAAUGAAACAAACAUGGUAUCCAUGGGCAUGGUCUAAAACAAAGUGGCAAAAGAACUUGCGUCGUACUGAACUCACACUAUGUCAAAAAAGACUGACUUCAUUAAAGCACUCCGUAGUGUCGAAUGUUAUGAGAAUAUGUAUAAAAUGAGACAGAGCUAUUUUGUUAAUUUGAGCUCCAAUUUUCAGAUAUUGGCUUGACAUAAAUCAAACUGCAACCCUUUGAAGUGAAAACGAUGCAUUGUAAAUUUUGUUGAGUCUUCUAAACCUCAAAGGAUAUUGAAGAUUUUGUCGGGCUGCCUAUGAUUAUACACUUUGGUUUUUUCAAAGGCAUUUCUUUUUUUUAAUAAUCAUUGUUUUUUUGUUGUUAAGUAUCAUUUUAUACAGUAGCAAUCUGAAACGUAUGCUUUGGUACCACUAUUCCUCUUUCUAUGGUUUUGCUUCAGUUUCGACCUGUAAAGACUUAAUUGAAAUCUUAUAUACAGCACAUAUAUUUAAAUGAUCAGCGAAGAUGUGUAAAUUUCCAUCAUCAUAUCUUGCCAAUUGCCGCAGCUCAACAUUGUUUGUAUGGUGUGCAUUCUUUUAUAUUGUCAUUUUAUAUAUAGUAAACGAAAAGGAAAUAUGUACAGAGAUGUAUAUGCAGUAUAUGUGCUGUAGAACCACGAUUAAUCCUUUAGUUGAACUAAGUUCUCUGAUGUGGUAAAUAUGAAUUGACUGAAGGAGUUGCAUCACUGUUGAUGCAUGGAGUAUGAGAGGGAACCAAGCAAUGCAAAACAUGAAAUACAGUACAUUUCAAUGUUUUAUCAUGCCAUUGUGAAAAGUCCCAUCAAUUCCCUUAAUUAAAAAAAAAGGAAAAAAAAUGUUUUUGUCCCUUAAUUGUAAAAUAAAACCUGAAGCAUUUCUUGAUUAAUGCUGUUCUCCA